AUGCAUCACAACCGUCAUCGCGCGCGAUCCGGACGCUCGACGCGCUCAACGACGACGAAUCGCGCGCGAACGCGCACGACGGUCCGGUCGGCGGCUCGAGCGCAUUAUCAAGACGGCGACGCGCACGCGGCGUCGCAGGAGGGUUACUACAGGUUCCCGGUGAUCCGUGGUAACGAGUUGUUCUUCGUGUGCGAAGACGACGUGUACGCGACCACGAUCUCGGGGCUCGAUAAACGCGAGAGCGGCGCGGAGACGACGCCGCCGCGACGGCUGACGCAGGCGCACGGCGCGGUGCAGCGGUUAGUCGUCUCUCCCGAUGGAUCACGCGUCGCGUUCGCGUGCGCAGAGGAUGGAUACACCGAAAUAUACGUCGUGGACGCGCGUGGAGGUCCUAUGAAACAGUUGACACACAUGGGGGCUUCGUACGCGCGGGCGUGCUGCUUUUCAGAGGAUGGUCGACGGGUGUACUUUACGUCGAGCGGGGCGACGGCGGAACCGAAUGGAGACGAGCUUUGGGUGGUGGACUGCGAUGGUGGAGCGCCAAUGAGAAUGAACCUCGGUCCAGUGCAUGAUUUCGACGUGCGCAACGUGAACGGGAAAGAAUUGGUUGUCCUCGGUCGUAAUACUGAAGACACGGCGACGAAACACUGGGACGGAUACGCGGGCGGCGCCGGUGGAGAGAUUUGGUAUGGGACCUUAGAUAAUUUGCUGCGACUUGACUUGCGUCUUCCAAACGAGCGUUUGUUGCGAAAUGUUGGCAACGUGUCGUGGUUUGACGACGAGCACGUCGCGUUCACGGAAGCGGGCGGGCGUUCGACAGCGUUCAAGGCUAAAAUUGAUACCAAUGAAUUCAACACUCGCAUCGUAGAUUGUCAAGGAUUCAGUGACUCCACAGCAGACAACGAAGACAUUAAGUACUUUCCCGUGCGUCAUCUGAGCAUUGAUGUCAGUAGGCAAAGAAUCGUGUACACCAGAGGCGGGGAUGUAUUCGUGGCAGAAGUUGUAGGUGGCGAACAUAAGUCACCUAUAAGGUUGCCUAUUGAGUGGCGUGGACCUCGUACACAGCUUGCAAAACGAUUUGUUCACGCGGAUGAUUGGAUCGAAGACUGGGAUUUACACCCAGAAGGCUUGACGAUGAUGGUUCUUGUUCGCGGCCAACCGUUCACGAUGGGCAUCUGGGAUGGACCGGUGUUGAGUUAUCCGCCAGCGACGAAACUGCGAUCACCCCAAAGCUCAGUGAUAGCACCACUGGCGUCUCUUGCACAAAAGAGUCAAGCGCGUGUCCGGCAUGGGGCUUACUUGUACGACGGUGAACGUCUCGUUUUUGUAUCGGACGCCAGUGGUGAGGAGGACAUUGAAGUGCAUUGGGAAGAAGCUGAGCGACCGGCAAAACGAUUAGGAUUGCAUCACGAGUUGCUUGGAAGAGUAGAACGCCUGAUACCUAGUCCAGAGGCGCCAUUGGUGGCGAUCGUGAACCACAGAAACUCACUGUUGAUAGUCAACGUUGAAACUGGGGAAAUGCGAACGGCUGACACGUCGAGUGAAGUGGACGGAAUCGACGAUUUGACGUGGAGUCCUUGCGGGAAUUGGCUCGCUUACACGUACUACUUAAACAACGAAAGAUCCUGUAUUCGCAUUCUCGAUGUUCGGAACGGAAAGGUGUUCGAUGCCACAAACCCUGUGCUCGGAGAUCACUCACCUGCGUGGGAUCCCGACGGCAAAUAUCUGUACUUUUUAGGAUCUCGAGAACUCGAACCGGUGUACGAUGCCGCCACGUUUGGCUUAAAUUUUCCAACUGUUGAACGCCCUCAUUUGAUCAUACUGCAAAAGGAUUUACGUAAUCCACUUCUCAAGGAGCUCAGACCGCCGUACGAUACGGAAUCGUCGUCUGGCUCUGACUAUGACUCUGAAACAGAUAGUGAUGUGGGAAGAAAGAUGGAUAAACGAGGCAAUGGAAGGGACUACAUGCCUCGCAAGAAGCCAGUUGUGGAUAAGGAUGAUGAUGGCAGCGACUGGUCAACUGUGGAUGGAGACAGUGAUGACCAAAUCUUGUCGAGCGGCGACGAGGAUGACGAUUACGAAUCAGACGCGUCAUAUUACCAUGAAGACGCGCCCCCUGCGAUUGAGAUUCACAUCGAUGGCUUGACAGAAAGGGUAGUUGCGCUCCCAAUGCCGAUAUCACGUUAUGAUUGCCUUUGCGGUCUUGAAGACGGACGAUUUAUGGUUGUUGAAUACCCUCCGAGUCGCGGCUCUCCCGGAAGCGUUGGUUUGGACUACUCGUCCGAUGAAGAUGAUGACGGUUUGGGUUCCCUUAUUUCUUACAGUAUCCGAGAUUUGCGUCGAAGUAUCUUAAUACACGGUGGCGUGAGCGAAGUGUCACUGUCGAUGGAUCGCAAAUGCAUGGUUGUGGAAAAAGAGUCGGAUGGAUUCCUAGAGCUUCGCGUUUACAAAGCUGGCGUGCGGCCGGAGGAAGAAGGGAGCGACAGCGAAGAAUUGGAUCAAAUGCGGUGCGAUCGUAGGACUGGCUUGGUGAAUCUAGAUGGUCGCAUUCGUGUACUAGUUGAUCCUGCGAGAGAGUGGGCACAGAUGCUCGGGGAAGUGUAUCGUCGUCUUCGCGACGACCUCUGGACUGAGAAAAUUUGGAAUGAAACGAUUGGCGAUGACUGGGAAGUCAUGUUUGAGGAGUAUGUGAAAGUGCUUCCAAAAGUGAGUACGCGGACCGAGUUUGGGGAUUUAUUGCGUGAAAUUGCCGCUGGCGUUUGUUACUCGCACGUGGCUAUCACGUCUGGUGAUCCUGGACGCUCCCAUCGCAGACACUCUGCUGGGUAUCUCGGCGCUGACUUCACUUGGGACGGCAAAGUCGGCGGUUAUCGCAUCUUGAACAUCGUGAAGGGUGACAUAUGGGACGACAUGCGAGGUGGUGUGCUCAGCAAACCGGGCGUCAAUAUCCACGAGGGUGACAUACUUCUCUCGAUCGAUAGAGUACCGCUCACCGAAGAUGUUCCGCCGGCUGCGUUGUUGAUUGAGAAGGGUGGCGUUGAAGUUCUGUUGACGGUCAAAAUUGAUAGCGACGGCAAAGGUGGUAUUGACGAAGCGCUCGACAGACUCAUGCUGAAAAAACAAAAGAACAAGAAAAAGGACAAGAGAGAUGACAACGCACCGAAGAAAGGUGAUGUCAUCCCGGUGCGUGUCCGAGCCAUGCACUCUGAAAUCGAUGCGAGGUAUCGCGAUAUGAUUCAGAAGCGCACGGAGCGAGUCCACAGCCUGAGCGAUGGCGUCGUCGGCUACUUGCACAUUCCAGACAUGGAAAGCACAGGGUACUCCGAAUUUUGGCGUCACUAUGCGUCUGAAGUUCGCAAGGGAAGCUUGAUUCUCGACUUGCGAGGUAACACAGGCGGACACAUUAGUGAAUUGUUGCUCGCUAAGCUCUCGCAGCGCGCAUUGGCUUGGGACAUCCCGCGACGCGGCGAGGUGCAAGUUUAUCCAUCCAACACGCCUGGCCCGCUCGUGAUGCUGGUCGAUCAACGCACAGGCUCUGAUGCUGAGCUCAUGGCGGAAUCUUUCAGAAAACUAGGUUUAGGACGAGUCGUUGGGAUGCGCACUUGGGGUGGUUUGCUCGCCAUCAACGGCGUCGCCGAACUCAUCGAUGGGUCCGAGUUGAGUUUGCCUUCACAAAAUGUGCUCCUUGUCGACGAGGCGAAGGGCGUAGACGCGAGAUCCGACGCGACACAAGCGUACACGAACGCGGUGGAAAACCGCGGCGUCAUUCCGGACGUCACAGUUGACAUAUCUCCCGCUGAAUAUUCUCGCCGCGAGGACCCGCAGCUCGACACCGCCGUGCGCGAGGCGUUGCAGUUACUCAAAGACACCGGCGCCGCCGGCGUCGCGACCUACCUUCGCAAGAUCCGCGAGGACGAGACAACGGCCGCUGAAUUAGAACGCAAACUGACGCGCAAACCUUGGUCGUUUUCCACGUGGGCGCCGCUUCCGCCGACCAAGGAGGAAGAAGAGAAGCAACUUCGAGCCAAGCGCCGCGCCGGGCGAAAUAAUAUCCCGCGCCCGUGA